CAUUCACAUUCGCACGACCUGGUCCAUUUAGAGGGAUGUACUUAAAUAGGCAAACCCUCCAAGAUAAAUCCAUUAGAACAUCUCUAUUAUUUUGGUCCGAGUUCCAAACUCUGACAUUAAUAUUGUUGAUGGGUAUCCUAUAUAAUCAUCAUCCAUUACUUCUAUCCUUGUUGCUCAUGAAGUUCUUAAAUUCUGUAUGAAGAAUUCUUUACAUGCUAAUUGAACAACGGGGUUCCUGAAUUAUAGGAUACACAAAAGAAGAGCAGCAUUGUGGACAUGGACAUCAAAUUAGGCUGCACAAAUCUCCUUCAUGCAUUACAGCUCUUUGAUCGCAUGAUUGUCGCGCAACCCAUUCCACCAAUUUCCUCCUUCAAUCGUGUGUUGGGUACAGUUGCCAAAAGCAUGCAUUUUGCUCAAGUUAUAUCUCUUUACAAGAGGAUGAUAACAGUAGAAAUAUUGCCCGACUAUAUUACUUUAAAUAUCUUGCUAAAUGGGUUCUGCAGAAUGGGUCACAUUGGCUUCGGUUUCUCAGUUUUGAGUACUUUUCUUAAAAGGGGUUACUGGCCAAAUACCGUGACUUAUACAUCGUUGAUUAAGGGUUUGUGUUUGGUUGAUGAAGUUGGCGAAGCAGUCAAACUGUUCGAGAGAAUGAUUGAAUGGGGUUACACCCCAAAUGUAAUUACAUAUGGGACAUUAGUGAACGGGUUAUGUAAAACAUCUAAAACACAACAUGCCCUUGAACUGCACUAUAAGAUGAUUAAUCGGAAUGACUUUUUCGGUGUCAGGUGGAAACCAAAUGUAGUUUUAUAUGGUACUUUAAUUGAUGGUCUGUGUAAAGAGGGUUUUGUAUGCAAGGCGAAAGAACUAUUUUCAGAAAUGAAAGGUAGAGGUAUAUCAGCUGAUGUAAUUGUUUAUAGCUCUUUGAUUAAUGGGUUGUGUAGUGUAGGUUCAUGGGAAGAUGCCAAGGCUUUCUUCAAUGAAAUGCUUGAUACAGGAGUUUGUCCCAACGCCAUAACUUACAACGUAUUGAUAAAUGCUCUUUGUAAGACAGGGAAAUCGAAAGAAGCAAAUGAGUUAUUGGAAUUGAUGAUCCAAAGAGGCAUUCAACCUGAUUCUUUCUCGUAUAACACAUUGUUGGAUGGAUAUUGUUUAGAGAAUAAAAUCAAUGAUGCAAAGGAGUGGUUUGUUUCGAUGGGAAACAAACAGAUUGGAAUCGAUGUCGUUAGUUACAAUGUUAUAAUCAAUGGCCUUUGUAAAUGUGGCCGAAUCGAAGAGGCCAUGAAUCUUUACAAGCAGAUGAAUCAUAAAGGAGUGUCUCCUAACAUUAUUACCUUUAACACCUUAUUUACAGGUUUGUUUAAGAAAAAUAAAGUUGAGGCUGCACGUACCCUUUUGCUGGAAUUGAAGGAUCAUAAUGUGACAGCAAACUCCAUAACAUAUAAAAUAAUAUUGGAGGGUCUUUGUAAAAGGGAGGAUUGUCUUAUGGAAGCAUUGGAACUAUUUCAAAAUCUCAAAAGUUUUAAGCCAACUAUUAGCAUGUUCAACUGCAUACUUGAUGGGCUGUGUAAAGGAGGAAAGCUUAAUAUAGCUUCAGAGCUAUUUCACGGAUUAUCGAAGAACAACUUGGUUCCCAAUGUUGUAACUUAUAGCAUCAUGAUCCACGGGCUCUGUAGAAACGGGGAACUGGAAAAGGCUGAGAAUCUUUUCCAAGAAAUGGAAACGUUGGGUUGUGAGCCAAACGUUGUCACUUUUAAUAUUCUGAUGCGCGCCUUUUGCCACAACAAGGAUUUUGAAAAAGUUGUACAACUUCUUCAAAAAAUGGCUAAGAAGCAUGUUAGUCCUGAUGCAUCCACGAUGUCUAUAGUAGUCAACUUAAUGUCCAAGGAUGAAAAGUAUGAUGAUCUUUUACAUUUGUUUCCAACAUUUCCUAUGAAUAUGCCCAAGAAAGAUUAUGUUUCUGGAGGGGAUAAGUUUUUGACAUCUUAAAAAGUCACAAACAGUGUUGUGACUUUAAGGUGAUUUUAAUGUAAAUCAAAUUUGAGACCUUGAGGCACUUGUCAUAUGGCCUACCAGUGAAGGAUCAAAAUCAAACUCUUAUUCUAUGUUUUGUGUGCAUUUACAUCCGAUGUUUGCCAAAUGUUUGCAACAACAUUACAUGCAAACUACAAAAUGUUACGGUGAAGUAGAAUUGAAGGAAGCAAAACCAAACCGAACCAACAAAAAACCCACUGAACCGAUAUUAAACUGGUCAUAUCUACUUUUGUCUGGGUUUUUGCAACUAAGAACCGUCGACCGAAAGAACUGAGCCUUAAUGUGUCUAACCAAAUUGAUGUCGUCUUGUUUGGAAAUCAGAGAUCAUGCUUUUUUUUUUCUUCCAGGUCGAAGUUUCCAGCUCAAAUUAGACUCUUCUUCUAUGGCCUCUUAACUACAGGAUCAAUAUUCUUGAAUUUAGUUAGUAGGGAUUUUCCUGGCUCUUGGGUAUCCUUCAUUUUAGUUUGUGAUUAAAACUUUUAGGAAUUCACAUUAACACUUUCAGUUCAAAUCAAAUCAUUCAAUC